AUGAAGGACCUAGGACUCAAUCGAGCUCUCAUUUCAGUCCCCAAAUACAAAGAUUUCCUUGAUGUCCAGACCAAUCUGACCGAUCAGCUAUUCAAAGACUACAAUCCUACUGUAUCACCUGUCUAUACAUGGAUAGAUGUCGAGCAGCCAAUCGGAUAUGAUCGAGAAGCUCCAAAACGGUGGAAUUACACUGUAUUUUUGUAUUAUUUGAAGUUGGUGGAGGUUAAGGAACCAGAAGAGAAAGUGUCGGUGGUGUUGGAGUUGAUGGAGUACUGGUUCGACGCUCGUCUCUCCUGGAAUCCAUCCCACUUCCACAACACAACUACAUUCUACACACGACAGGAUAACGUGUGGAGUCCUACAUUAACGGCGUUCGGGGUAAACGACAUAAUGGACUUCCGUGACCAGGACAACCGAAUGGUUUGUGUCGACAACACUGGUUUCCUCUGGAAUUAUAUUUCGGUUCGAGUAUCUGCCAACUGUCAAAUGGAUGUCUCACGAUUUCCAUUUGACACUCAAAUCUGUCAGAUUCAAUUCUGUUUGCCCAUUUUCUAUCGGGUACAGGUGGAGGUGUUGAGUGAGAUUUAUGAAGGCAUCAUGGAUGAAAAGAUUUUUAAGACUAUGGGUAACUCCGAAUGGAAACUUAUCAAUCUAACCAAUCGAGUAGAAGUUCUAAAGUAUAAUGACAAUAUGGGGAACAUGGAUUUAGCAAUAUUCGAAAUCACCAUUCGAAGGAACCCGUUGUACUACAUCUAUAUGAUAGUCUUCCCGUCUUUUGUUAUUAAUUUUGUGUCGAUUGUCGGUGUAUUUCUGAAUGGUGCGGAUAAGAUGUCUAGGCUCAACGUGGGUCUCACCAACAUCAUGACAAUGACAUUCAUCCUCGGUGUAAUGGCUGACAAAAUCCCUCGUACUGGAAAUAUUCCAUUACUUGGAAUCUAUAUCAUUAUCAAUCUGGUCAUUAUGCUCAUUGCAAUAGCUAUAGUGACUGCGAUAACAGAAUUGGAAAGAUGGGCGACACCAAGGUUAAAACUGAAAAGGACAGCGUUGAGAACCCAAAUCGAAACCUUCCUUGGCCCUCCACUGGAAUACACGUGUGCAAUUAUACUGGAACUGAUGACAUGUGCUAAUUUUAUGGUUAUGAUUGGAUUUUGGUUUGAUGACGGUUCUUAG